AUGGCUCCUUCCAAGUUGUCUCAUCGUCAAACGCAUAACUUGUUGCUGGUUUCGAAACUGCUCAGUCUUAGAGAUACUGCGUCACCACUCACACUCCUAUUGGAUUCCCUAGAGCAACCAGCCACGCCAUUGAUCAAUGAAUACAUCCGACGCGCCCGACUCUCAAAAGUCCAUGUCACCCUCAUCGCGUUUGAAACGUUGAAACCGUACGAUGGUGUCGAUGCGUUUGUCUCCACUCGCCGAAAGACCCCUGCAGGAAUCGUUAGAGAAGUUGCUGCUGCCUAUAAACCGGAUUCGUCCAACAGCCCUAAUCGACGGCGACUGGUUCUUAUCGACUCAAUAAACCCUCUCAUUCACUCUACACGAACCGACCGGUCAUUUAACCUCUCAAAUUUCCUCAGUUCAUUCAUUGUGCCCUCCGAGCCCACCGCCACCAAACCGGAUACCUCCCUCGUCGUCACAUUCCAUCAAGAUGUUCCAAGCCGCCCUGCGCAAUCUCCGUACUCGCCCUCUCCUCUAUCGCUCUUAUCCUACCUUGCAACGACUGUCAUAAAACUCCACUCUUUCUCACACAUCCUCGCCCGAAAGGCCGCCCGUGAUCGCAGUCUUGCCCCUCCGGUGUUUGGGCUUGAAGAAGAGCAAGACGGCGUCCUCCUCGGAAGACUGGAUAAUCCAGUCGGUAACGGCUCAACAGAAGCUGGAGGCGUCGUUCUGGAAAUGGAAUACCGGCGCAAGAGUGGACGUGGGGUUCUGGAGUGGUACCUCCUGCCCCCGGCGUCGAACUACCCAGCUACCCAGGUUAAGGAGAUUGUAAUGCUGCUUGAUGAUCAUCCGCUUUAUCGACCGCCUGAGGAUCUUGAUGCUCGAUCUGAAAAUGAGGAGCCAGAGUCUACCUUUGAACUGCGGCUUACAGAGAGGCAGCGAAGAGAGAGGGAGGGUGUUGUAUUGCCUUACUUUGAUGCGCAACAGGGUAAUGGUCCUGGCGAGGGGGGUCGCAUCUUAUACGAUAUGGGUGAGGAAGACGACUUUGAUGAAGAGGAGGAUGAAAUAUAA